UAGGGGGGGACAGAAGAAGAUGUAGUCGAGGCUCAACUGAAUACGGAGCAAACGUGACUAGCUGAGCCUCAUUCUGCCUGGUCCGUUGUUGAUCCGUUGCCUGAACUUGGUACCGUGAGUGGCGAAGCAAGAUGACCGUUUUCAGGUCCGGAAUCGCUGCGCCGCCUGCCGACCAUGCUGACGGGGGUCGAGUUCACGUUUUCGUGAAGCCUCGAGUUCGACUUUUUGCACCUACAUCCCCCGGGAAGAAAAACUACUAGGCGAUGCUCAGGGGUGUCUUCCCAGCUCACGACAACAUGGCCUUACACCUGCCAGGCCUCAUCCCUAGCAACUGGAAGCUUCGAUUAGGGCGGGUGCCCAGGCAACGGAGCUGGCUUCCCCAGCAAACCCCAGCCCAAACGAGAAGCCCCUACAAGCAAAGCACCGCUUGCUAUACCUACCGUCCCCAUGGGCAGUGCGGGCAGCAGCAGUCCUUCAGAUAAGGGCACCUCUUCUAGAAGCCUUCUUCGGACCAGCCCCCCGUCCCCUUCCUCCCUAUUUAGCUGGCAUGUCAUCAGGUUGACAGCCGCUUGUAUCCCCCUUGCCGCGGCUCUACGCCUCGGCGAGAUAUUGAUAUGUCGCUGGCAAACCUGUGUACAUGGAACAGAGCAGAACAGACAAGGUGCCUGUGCGCGGUUCCCGCGUUCCAAUGUACCUGCCUCUGUCUCGUUAUUGAGUGUUAUUCCACUGCAACCAGAGGCUAUAAUUUACCCUCUCCCCCCCUUCCCCCUCUUCCCCCUUUACCCUUGGACCUUUGAUUCCUUUCGCCCACCCACAGUCUCCUCAGCUUUUCCGUUAACACGCCGACAACUUCAUUUUCUACUCAAGAUCCCAAGACGCGGAUGCAGCAUCAAGAUUUGGUUAAUUGCGUGCUACACACUAUCUCAGGUCGAUCCCGAAGACUCACCUUCACGCAUCGUCUCUCGUAUCUUUCAGUCUAGCAGACUUCCCCUCCAAGGGGGCAAUACUUAUUCCAACACAAGAUACAUCUCGUACGCUCUCGUCAUCACACACUCCCGACCUUGGUCCUCAAAUCAUCCUUCCUUCUGGACGGCGCUGCUGACAGUCAUCUGAAUAGAUCUUUCCACCGGCGAGAUAUCAUCAGCAAUCCCCUGGAUAGACUGGCCUUUCACCUCGGAAACACCAUCGAUCAGGCCCCGGAUUGGCCUUCUAACCUGA